GAUCAAAAAACCUGCAUUUCUUCAUCCCAUCAAUUGAAGUAAAAGAUCAAAGACUAGAGAAGAGUGAAAUCAAGAUUCAAUAUGAGGAGUUGGAUGCUUUGUUCAUUAUCAGAUGCUAAGCAGUUCAAACUCCGGAUCAAAAUCUGUGAGCUUGAAGGUUUAGUCAUGGAUGAUAUUCCAAAUAAAGAUACAUACAAGGUACAGGUACAUAUAAACCUAGGAAUUCCCAAAAGAGGUUAUGUACCUCGAAUCACGAGUCAAAAAGAUCAUACCUCAAAACAGCAAGUGGGCCCCGAUGGACGUGUCUGCUGGAACGAAGGCUUCGAGCACCGUUGUAACAACUUGGACACAAAGGGAGUCAAUCUUAAAAGCUGGAAGAUCAACCUUCAAGUUCAUGGAAUUGAUGUUGAAUCCAACAACAAAGCUGAUGUAUUGGCUAAAAUCAAAAUGGAUGUUGCCGAAUUCACCAACAGUUCAGAAAAACCGGUCAAACUUCCAGUCAAAUGCUGCAUUGGUAGCUACACCCAUGAGGCCAAACUAAAGGUAAAACUCGAGAUCAUUGAAGUUCAAAAACCGCAAACCGAAAACAGUGUCCAUCCGAUAUCUCCAACUCAUCUCCUCCCAUCGCUGCUUUCAUGUGUAAAUUUUCAAAAUCAAACAAGAAACAAGGCAGAGAACAUGAAGAUGGAGAUGGAGAUGGAGAACUCACAAUCUGAAACUGAGGAAGGAGAUGAUCAAGGGUAUAAGAGGAUAAAGAUGUUGGAGCUAUUAAGAAGUCAAUCUUUACAUGAAGGAAUUGAGUACCAAAAGCAAGAUAAACAACAGACUUCAGGUUACGAAUACACAGAAAAAAUAAAGCUAAAAAGGCUUCUCUCAUGGAAUAUUAAAAAGCCGAAAGAUGCACCACUUUUGAAUAAAGAGAUAGGUGGAGGUGAUGACAUUGAUAACGAACGAAGAACCCUAAUGUCAUACCUAAAACCGAAAGAUUCGGUAAAAAAAGAUAUCAAAAAUAGUGAAUUCACGGGAAGUGAUAGAUUCGAAGUGGGAAAAUGGGAAAAGAAAAGGGUAAAAAGCAGAGAUGGAAAAUUGGAACUUCAGACAGAUAUAUUCCUGGCUACAAUUGAUCAGAGGAGUGAGAAAGCACUAGGUGAAGGAGCGUGUACAGUCAUCGCCACAGUGAUUGCUGAUUGGCUGCAUAAAAACCCUAAUAAUUUACCAUUAAGAUGUGAAUUUGAUAAACUGAUAAGAGAUGGAUCAAGAGAAUGGAGAAAGUUAUGUAAAGAAGAUACCCACAAAGGGAAGUUUCUUGACCAACAUUUUGACCUAGAAACAGUCAUACAAGCAGAAAUUCGACCAUUGGAGGUGGUAUCUGAGAAAUCGUAUGUUGGGUUUUUUAAGCUUGAAAACAUGAUGAACAAAGUAGAUCUUUUGCAAGAUGCAAUGAGUUUUGAUACCAUAUGGAAUGAGCUUGAAAAUGGUGAUUCGAGUUUAGAAGAACGUGUUUACAUAGUUAGUUGGAAUGACCAUUUCUUUGUUUUAAAAAAAGAAAACAAAGAAAUGUAUAUAAUUGACACGUUGGGAGAAAGGCUGGCUGAAGGGUGUAAAAAAGCUUACAUUUUGAAGUUUAAUGAAGAUAGUGUGAUCCACAAUGUGGAAGAUGAUCAAUCAAGCAUUAUAUGUAAAGGGACAUCUUGUUGUAAGGAAUUUAUCAAGGGGUUUCUUGCUGCUAUACCUUUGGGAGAACUGCAGAGUAGUGUUGAGAAGGGUAUAAAUGGAAAAGCUCCUCUUCAUCAACUCCUGCAAAUUGAGUUCCAAUAUAUGUGGCCCCUGCAGCAGAACUCACCAAUUGUGGAGACAAUAAAUUGAGCAUUUUGUUAAAGUGUUUUAGUGUUAAUAAAUUCUGAAGGAAUUAU